AUUUUCUUCUUCAGUCUCUCUCUCUCUCUCUCUCUCUCUCUCUCUCUCUCUGUCACGGGUGAGAAAAAAAGAACACGAGACAGAAUAACUUCCUUGAUUAUUCGUUGAUGGGUUAUUGUUCUGAAUUAAUCUAGACAAUGACGUCAUUUUCCGGCGGGUUUUACUUUUGUUUCAUUCUAUUUUGUCUCAUCUCCGGCGAUGUCAUAACCGCGUCUACUGAUUUUGACUUCGGGACGCUUACUCUGUCCACCAUGAAGCUACUCGGCGACGCCCACAUGAGCAACGGGAGCGUCAGACUCACUCGCGAUCUCGGCGUCCCCUACUCCGGCGCCGGCAAGAUCCUAUACUCCAAACCCAUCAAUUUCCGGCGACCCGGCACCCAAUCCCUGGGGAGCUUCUCCACAUUCUUCUCCUUCUCCGUCACGAACCUGAACCCCUCCUCCAUCGGCGGCGGAUUAGCCUUCGUCAUCUCGCCGGACGACGAGCACGUCGGCGACGCCGGCGGGUUUCUGGGCACGAUGGACGCGAAUGGCGACCAGAGCGGCGUCGUGGCGGUGGAGUUCGAUACCCUAAUGGACGUCGAAUUCAGUGACAUCAACGGGAACCACGCGGGUCUGGAUCUGGGCUCCAUGGUUUCGACCCGGGUCUGCGAUUUGGACACCGUCGGCGUCGAUUUGAAAAGCGGCGACCUGGUCAACUCGUGGAUCGACUAUUCCGGGUCGACCCGGUUCAUCAAAGUCUACGUGUCGUAUUCCAAUUUGAAGCCCAAGGAGCCCAUCAUAUCCGCCGCUCUGGAUCUUCACGACUACUUGACCAACGAUUUCAUGUUCGUCGGAUUCUCCGGGUCAACUCAGGGCAGCACGGAAAUCCACAGCAUUGAGUGGUGGAGUUUCAGCUCCUCCUUCGAAGAGUUCCCGAGUUACAACUCGGUCAUACCACCACCGCCGCCGCCGCCUACAACGGCGAACUUAAUGAACCCCACCGCCAACACAGUCACCCCUCCGCCGCCCUCCGCCGCACCGGAAACCAACACCACCACCACCACCACGCCGCACGAGGACAGAGCCCCCGGAAAGUGCCGCAACCAGCUCUGCAGAAACGGCGCCGGCGCCGUCGUCGGAGUAGUAACCGCCGGCGCAUUCUUCCUAGCGUUCUGUGCCCUAACCCUAAUAUGGGCAUACAACAAGAAAUUCAAACACAACAAAAACCCUACCCCCAUCACCACGCUAGCUUCCGACGUAAUUAAAAUGCCGAAAGAAUUCUCCUACAAAGAUCUCAACACCGCCACAAAAGGAUUCGAUCCGAACCGAAUCAUCGGCCACGGCGCAUUCGGCACCGUCUACAAGGGCGUACUCCCCACCACCGGAGAUUCCAUCGCCGUGAAAAGAUGCACACACAAAGGGCAGGGGAGAACAGAGUUCCUCUCCGAACUUUCCAUAAUCGGAACCCUAAGGCACCGGAACCUCGUCCGCCUCCAAGGCUGGUGCCACGAGAAGGGCGAGAGCCUAUUGGUUUACGAUUUAAUGUCCAACGGCAGUUUAGACAAAGCACUAUUCGAAUCGAAAACCGUUUUGCCGUGGGCCCACCGCAAAAAGAUUCUCCACGGUGUGGCAUCCGCAUUAGCGUACUUGCAUCAAGAGUGCGAGAAUCAAGUGAUCCAUCGAGAUGUGAAAAGUAGCAACAUUAUGCUGGACGAGGGUUUCAACGCGAGAUUGGGUGAUUUUGGAUUGGCUAGAUUAACGGAGCACGAUAAAUCGCCCGACGCCACGGUGGCGGCGGGCACAAUGGGGUAUUUGGCGCCCGAGUAUUUGCUUACGGGUAGGGCCACCGAUAAGACGGAUGUUUUUAGUUACGGGGCGGUUGUGCUUGAGGUGGCGACGGGGCGACGGCCGAUCGAGAAGGGGGUUUCGGCCCCCGGGGGUGGGAGUUUGGUGGAGUGGGUGUGGGGAUUGUAUAGGGGAGGGGGGUUGAUGGGGGCGGUGGAUCGGAGGCUCGGCGGGGAGUUUGAUGAGGUGGAUAUGAGGAGGGUGAUGUUGAUUGGGCUGGCUUGUUCGCACCCCGACCCGGUGGCUCGGCCUGGGAUGAGGGGUGUGGUGCAGAUGCUGGUUGGGGAAUGUGAAAUUCCGAUUGUGCCCUUAGUGAAGCCGACUUUGAGUUUUAGUACGUCGGAGUUGAUUUUGACGUUGCAGGAUAGUGUUUCGGAUUUGAAUGGGAUGAUCGAGAUUUCCACGUCGUCGUCGGAGAACAGUUUCUCCGGCGGCGGAGGUGGGGGGAGAAGUGGUGUGGACUUGGUGUAGAUGAUGGUGUGUGUUCAGAUUAUUAAUUUAUUCUUUGAUUCGUUUAGAGUUGUGUGUAACAAACAUGAUAACUUGAUUAAUAAUAACAUUGUUUUACAUGAUUAAAUGUGGU